UCCGUCGGCGCCCGUUGGCCGACGGGAUUGAACGGCGGGCGGGCGUGCUGUUGCGACUCGACGGAAUAGCUCCCUUAUUAUCUUGACAAAAACCGGCCGACCUGCGAGCAAAGGGCUUGCAGUUAGUUUCUCUCCCCUUCCCCCACGCACCCUCCACCUCCCCCGUACCAGCGCCCUCUCGACCGCCACAAUGGCCUCAAUUGCUCGCUGCCUGAGGUCCGCCAGGCCCGCCGUCGCCCCCAUCCUCCCCCGCCCGGCUCCGGCCCUGGCGACGGCACGGUUCGGCGCCAUCCGCCGGUUCUCCGCCACGGCACAAAACCCGAUAAAGAGGUACACCAAGUACCACGAGUGGAUCGACAUCAGCGCGGACAAGAAGACGGGCGUGAUCGGCAUCUCCGAGUACGCGGCCGAGGCGCUGGGCGACGUCGUCUACGUCGAGCUGCCCGAGGUCGGCAAGGCUGUCCAGCAGGGCGACACGGUGGGCGCCGUCGAGUCGGUCAAGUCGGCCGCCGACAUCAACUCGCCCGUGAGCUGCAAGGUCACCCACGUCAACCAGCUGCUCGAGGAGGCCCCCGGCACCAUCAACAAGGUCCCCGAGGACGACUCGCACGGCGGCGGCUGGGUCGCAAAGGUCGAGGUCGACGAGCAGGGCAUCAAGGACCUUGACAGCCUUAUGGACGCCGAGGCGUACAAGGCCUUUACCGCCACCGAGGAGCACUAAGGGGAGUACGCUGCUACUCGGGAUUACGUUGCGCAGGCACAAUCAACGCCGUUAGGGUGUGUCGGCCCAGAGAGACGGGGUCUCCUAGUGGUUCAAUUUUCGCGUCUUGGCUUUUGGGGGUUCCAGUCAUCGUGGCGCACAUCGGUCUCACAAAUCAUACACAAUCCAUAGCUCAACCUGGAUCGGCAAGUGGAAAGGGCCUCUUGCAUGAGGUAAUGGGGAAUGUAGCAGAGUAGGUAAAAUAGACAAAUGGGAGGCUGUUAAGGCCGAAUGAAUCCAUGGAAACAGCGCCA